GACUGCCUGCUUCAUUCAUCUAUUUGUGUUGAAAAACAACCUAGAAAUAGUUCCAAAACAUAAGCUCGGAAAUAAAAAGAAAUCGUAAUAUUUAGAGAGCGAAAAUUUGCUAGUACUUAUUUAGUUUCAAAAUCAAUUACUGUUUUUAGGACGGUGGAUUAAAUGGUCACAAAUAAAUAUAAACAGUGAUGUUAUUAUCAAUAAUAUUUUAGUCUAAAGUUUCUUUGUAUAUAAAAUUGCAAGAAUGAUACCAUCUAAUACUAUAUGUGUAUCACAGGAGGGUCCAGCCAAUGCGCUGGCCCUCAACAAAGACUGCUCACAAGUAGUGAUCGCCGGGAGAAACGUAUUCAAAGUGUUUUCUAUUGGAGAAAAUGAGUUUUCGGAAGUUUGCAACCUGAGGGUCGGCAAGAAUUUAAAUCUUAACUUUUCUUCCAUUGAUGUGGCUUGGAGCAGUAUUGAAGAGAACACCCUAGCAACGGCCGCCACGAAUGGAGCGGUGGUGGUGUGGAACCUGGGCCGCUCCGGCCGCUCCAAGCAGGAACACGUGUUCUCCGACCACAAGAGGACUGUCAAUAAGGUGAGUUUCCACCUGACGGAGCCGGCGCUGCUGAUCUCCGGCUCCCAGGACGGCAUGAUGAAGUGCUUCGACCUGCGCAUGAAAGAAGUUGCUCGCACUUUCAUCAGCAACACAGAAUCGAUCCGCGACGUCCAAUUCAGCCCCCACCAGUCUAACACGUUCGCCGCCGUCUCGGAGAACGGCAGCGUUCAGCUCUGGGACGUGAGACGGCACGAGAGAUGCCUCCAGCAGUUCACGGCUCACUCCGGCCCUGUGUUCGCAUGCGAUUGGCAUCCGGACAUGCCCUGGCUGGCGACGGCCUCCAGGGACAAGACCAUCAAGGUAUGGGACGUGCACGCGAAGCCAAAUCUGGAGCACACUAUAUACACCAUCGCGUCGGUGGGACAUGUGAAAUGGAGGCCGCAGAAAAAGUACCAAAUGGCCUCCUGUGCGCUGGUGCUCGACUGCGCCGUCCACGUGUGGGACGUGCGCCGGCCACACGUCCCCCUGGCGACCUUCGCCGAGCACCGGGACGUCACCACCGCCGUGGCCUGGCAGGCCUCCCCCCACACCUUCCUGUCCACCAGCAGGGAUUGCUCGCUCUAUAGACACAGGUUCUCGGAAGCGGCCCACCCGGUGCUGUGGGCGAACCCGCACGGCGUGUGCGUGUCGGCGCGGGGGGAGCUCUCCCACGCGGCGCCCGAGCGGCCCCUCCCCGCCCUCCUCACCGCCCCGCACUCCGCGCCCGCCAGCGAGCGCCUGCUGCCCGGCCUGGGCCGCAAACAACCCCGCGCCGGCUCCCUGUCGGCGCCGGCGCAGGCGGCGCUGGAGCGGGCCUUCCCCGGCGGCGCGGCGUCCACCCUGAGCCGCUUCCGGGUGCCGUCGGAGCUCGUGUCCGGCGAGCGGGCGUUGCUGGAGUGCGCGCUGCGGUACAAGAUGGCGGGGCAGCCGCCCCACGAGCUGGCGGCGCACAACGCGCAAGUGGCGAGGAGUGUCAGUAGAUUCAUGGUGUCGCACGUGUGGGAGGUGGUGAGCGCGGUGUACGCGCGCCGCGCCGCGCCGCGCGCCGCGCCCGCGCCCGCGCCGCCGCCGCCGCCCCCGCCGCGCCCCGCCUACCCGCCCGAGCCCGCCUACUGCACCGUAGAAGAAGAGCCCAUGGAGGAAGUGGAAGAAGAGAGAGUGGAGACCCAGUUCCACAACAGCGGGGUGCUGGGGCUGCCCACCGUCAGCAUCUACAUCCCCCCGGCCAAGUACAAGCUGAGAGAGGGAGAUGAGAACCCCGGCUGGAUAUCGGCUGCGUCCGCGCACUACGUGGACGUGGAGGCGGCUGAUUGGACGCUGCCCGAGGAGGCGUUCCCGCUGCGCAGCGCGCCCGCGCCCCCCGCGCCGCCCACACCCGCGGCACCCCCCGCCCUCGCCCGCGACUGUGAUGUACCCGUCCCGCCCGCCGCGGGGCUGGGCACGGGCGCGGCGGUGUCCCCCGGCGGCUCCGGCUCGUCGCCCGGCUCCAGCUCGGGCUCCAGCGGGCUGCGCGACAGGAGCGCCGCCGACAGCGACAGGAACAUCAUCGAAGAAACCGAGAGCGGUGAGAGCAACCGUUACCUCUCAGUGAGAACGGACAGCUCCCGGCAGCCGCUGGACCUGGCGCCACACCUGGCGGCCGCCAUCAAGCAGCACGCGGCGCUCGGCGACGUGCAGACUGCUGCGGUGCUCAUGCUGGUGCUGCAGCAGCACAGGAGCGACCUGUUCCCUUACAUCGAUGAGAAUCUCCAAGAGCAAUGGCUUCUGGGCUACAUCGAGCUGCUGCAGAGGCACAAGCUGUGGAACAUCGCUACCGAGGUGAUCCGCGCGUCGUGGGCGGGCCGCGUGUGGGCGCUGUCGCAGCAGUCCACGGGCGUGGCCGUGUGCUGCGCGCGCUGCGGGCGCCGCUCGCGCCCGCACGCCGCCUGCGACCGCUGCCAGCCGCGCCGCCACCCCGACACCUGCAGCGUCUGCCACCAGGUGGUGCGGGGCCUGUACGCGUGGUGCCAGGGCUGCUCGCACGGCGGCCACCUGCGGCACAUGCGCGACUGGAUGCUGCAGCACCAGCUGUGCCCCGCCGGCUGCGGCCACCAGUGCCAGCUCGGCUGAUGCGCGGGCGCAGCGGCACGCUCGAAAUACUGGCGAAGCGCCUACUGGGAACCAACGGUACUUGUCAAGAUUAGUCUACAUCUAGUCGCAUGCCUAUAAGCUUUGACAUAGAAUCAAAUAUAGUACAACGAUGAUUAUGUUGCUAUCAUACUGAUAUUAUUUUUGUAUCACAGUUAUAAAGUUAACCAUAUGUUAAGAACAAUAUCGUAGAGAUGACGUUAACUCAACUAUCAUUAGUUAAAUAUCGUCAACCGAAAUACAAAUUAUUAUUUUUUUAUUAAUUAUUAUGGGACAUGACUAAUUUUACUGAAUUAUUGUCAUAUCUUUUGGUUUCACAAUAUUGGUUGACGAAGCGUCAGUGUAGAAGCGGUAAUAACCGUAAGUGAAUACUGUGGCCGACUGACGACGCAUAGAACAAGCUUCUGUGCUUAAACCUACAUAUGUAUGUUCCUGUAUGUUUUAAAGGAAACACUCAGUUGCGAUGUCCCGAAAUUCCCAGAGGAAACCGACUUUUUGAAGAUAAUUUAGAUUGAAAACAAAAUAAUCGCGCACAAAAUGGUUCCACAUUGAUAGCCCAAAAUACCAUUGAGAAGUUGAACUCUCAUAAAGGUGAAGUUUAAGUCCCAGAAUGAUAAGAGUAUCACGGUUUUGCAAAAAGUUAAAUUAUUGUUAUUUUGAACUUAUAAAUCGUUGAAUUCCCAUAAUGUUCACAUUUAUAUUUGAAUCUUAACGAACCUCUUCAAAACAAACUUCCUCAAACGCUCGAGUUUAAAUUGAUAAUGUGUUUUUAAGUUGACAUACACACGUUGCCAGACACUCGAACUAAUAUUGAAUAUAUAUUUAAUGAAUAUUAAACAAUGGUACAGUCAAGCUUGUAAAAUAAAAUUUUAAGAUAAAUGAGAAUAUAUUUUAUAGACUGAAUAUUGUAAAUAUUUUUGUUAUGAUUUGUUGUAAUAUAUUUAAAGAAUUUGA